GUGGCGGGUGGAGACUGCAGCAUGUUCAUCCAGUCUGCGAGCCACACACAGACACUCAGGGAAGGGAGGGAGCUCCAGAAGGAGUGGAAUCUUAAACAGCACCGAGCAGAGUGGAUGAGUCGAGGCUGUCUUGUCAGUCCGUCACUCAUAGAGCGAUCGAGUCAAGACUCGGAACCGGCGCCGCCUCAUGGCUCUUUUUUUCUGAAGGCUGGCGAAGAGGAAGUGGCUUGUGGAUCCAACAGGAUGCUCCUGUUUAUAGAAGCCUUUCAUGAGGCUGUGAUGAAGCUGCCUUAUUUUGUGGAGAAUGCCAUGUCGACCCAUAGUGAGGUGCGGCACCUCCUGAGUGAGAGCUUCUUUAUGGUGAAGGGUGCUGCGCUCUUCCUGCAGCAAGGGAGCUCUCAGCAGGGCCAAAGAGUUCAUCCUCACCACAAGCAUGCAGGGGACUUACCACAACACCUCCAAGUGAUGAUAAACAUUCUUCGCUCAGAGGACCGGAUCAAACUGGCCGUGCGGCUGGAGAGUGCAUGGUUAGAUCGUGUGCGAUACAUGGUGGUUGUAUACACCAGUGGACGGCAGGACACAGAGGAGAACAUCCUACUGGGAAUCGACUUUACUAACAAAGACUGCAAAAGCUGUUCGAUUGGCAUGGUGCUACCUCUGUGGAGUGACAGUAAAAUCCAUCUGGAUGGAGAUGGGGGCUUUACUGUGACUACGGCAGGGCGGACUCAUGUCUUUAAACCGGUGUCAGUGCAGGCUAUGUGGUCAGCUCUCCAGGUGCUCCACAAGGCCUGCGAGGUGUCCCGUAGGUACAACUAUUUCCCUGGGGGCAUGGCUCUCACUUGGAUGGGCUACUAUGAAGGCUGCAUUGCUUCAGAGCAGAGUUGUAUCAACGAAUGGAACACCAUGAAGGACUUGGAAUCCACACGCCCAGACUCGCCUACUAUGUUUGUCGACAAGCCUUCAGAGAGAGAAAGAACAGAGUGCCUUAUCAGAGCAAAACUCCGAAGCAUCAUGACAUGCCAGGAUCUUGAGAACGUCACGUGCAAACAGAUCCGCACUGAGUUGGAGCAGCACAUGAGCUGCAAUCUGAAGGAAUUCAAAGAGUUCAUCGACAAUGAGAUGCUGUUGAUUUUGGGCCAGAUGGACAAAGCCACACUCAUCUUUGACCACGUGUACCUGGGCUCUGAAUGGAAUGCGUCAAAUUUGGAAGAACUGCAAGAGACAGGGGUGGGCUAUAUCCUCAAUGUUACCCGAGAGAUAGACAACUUUUUUCCAGGCACGUUCCAUUAUCACAACAUACGCGUGUAUGACGAAGAGGCCACCGACCUGCUGGCUCACUGGAAUGAUACGUACAACUUCAUUGUUAAAGCAAAGAAGAACUACUCCAAGUGUCUUGUUCACUGUAAGAUGGGUGUCAGCCGAUCUGCCUCCACAGUCAUUGCGUACGCCAUGAAAGAGUACGGCUGGUCGCUAGAGAAGGCGUACAACUUUGUCAAGGAAAAGAGAAGCAUCACGCGACCGAACCCAAGUUUCAUGAGACAGCUGGCAGAGUAUGAGGGCAUCCUUGAUGCGAGCAAACAGCGUCACAACAAACUGUGGCAACCGGACGCAGACUGCGAGAUGACCGAGGGUCAGCAGGUCUCAUCCCAGUGCUCUGGUGAGGAAGAGGGAGAUCACCUGACCCCAGAGCCAGCAAUGUCUCCCUGCUGUGAAGAUGCGCUGCCCGAUAGAGGCGCAGCAUGCCCCUCCCCUUGCCGAAAAGUGGCCCUGGAGAUCGACCCUGCCUACAACAACUAUUAUUUCCGGAGGCUGUCUGAUUCUGCGCUGGAUAGUGAGCCCUCAACCCCCGUGCGUGGCCCCCCUCUUCUCGGCAUGGAGAAAGUCUUCAUUGAGAUUGAAGAUGUUGAGCGAGACGCUCUGCUGGACGAUGAGGCAUUUGAUGGCCGGGAGGGUCUGGGCCUUCCGCCUUUUGGCUCUACAGCGGAGGGCACCGCAGCCCAGACCUCCAACCGUGGCCCGGAGCCCCUGGAGGAGCUGCGUCUGCGACUGGAGUUUAGCACAGUGGAGGAAGAGGAUGAGGAAGAUGUGCAAAAGGAGGAGGCGGACAUGGAGGUCCUGAUGCAGCCAGAUGACGGAGGGGGUGGGGAUGGAGGCGGAGGAGCUGAGGAAACGCAGGAUGUAGAGGUGGAAGCGGAAGCCGACAGCAAUGGCAUGGACCUGGCAACCCUGAACGAUAAUUCCAACAAUAACAACCGUUUUACCUCUUACCAGAACAUCAAUGGAACAGCUGCCACUCUUGCAGCCGAUGUGUCUUUAUUUUCACGGAGGGAUUUGAAUUCCAAGCGGAAGCACAUUUCUCUAACCUCGGUUUCAGAUCCUUGCCUUAAACUCCAGCCUCUUGACGUCUCAAACACUCCAUUCCUGCUAUCUUCCGACGACCUUGAGUGUUCCACCCCGUCUCUGUCCGACUGUGCCAACAGCGCUUCAUUUGUUUCUGCAGCGCUCCCCGAUGUACUGCCGCAGCCAACUGACUCCCUUCAUGUUGUCGGGGUGCAGGACUGUGGCGAUGUGUUGCAUGUCAACAUAGAGCUUGAUAGUAGGCCAUCUGUAGGCUCUUCGGAGGUUCUCCCUGAGCUGGUGGCCAUGGAGUUGCACAAAGAUACACCCGCCGUGGCUUGCCACCCGACUCAGCAGACGGAGACCUUUGUGACGUUGCAGAGGUCGGGUGUGGUGCGGCGCCACGCAGAGAGACUAGAGAGACUUUCGGGUUUGACCCAAGAGAGCCUGCAUUCUCUUAAACCUUUGCACAUGUCCAAGAACUUUCAGCACAAGGAGGAAGAGGAAGACUUCACUGUCUUUCCAAUAGACUUGAUGAAAUCAUCUACAUCGUGCCAAGUAAGGUUGGAGCCUCUGGUUGUUCCCCUCACCAAUGAAGUCUUGUUGGGGGUGGUGGGGUCAGGUAUGCUCACCCCCACCUCCUCGCCUCACGGCGCCACACUGACGCGCAGCUCCAGCACUGACAGUCUGCGCAGCGUGAGAGGAAAGCCCGGCCUGGUCCGUCAGCGGGCGCAGGAGAUCGAGACACGGAUGCGUCUGGCGGGCCUCACUGUGUCAUCCAGGCUCAAACGGUCCAACUCGCUGGCCAAGUUGGACAGCCUGGAUAUCUCCUCUGAGGACCUGUGCUCCGCUUGCUCUUCAGAUGCAGGAAGACUACUGCUUCUCUCACUGUCCCCGGAGCCAGAUCACAGCAUGGAGUGGGAGUCUCCUGCCACCCCUGUUCAAUCCCGACCCUGCCGGGAUUUGCACACCGCAGAGAAAGUUCGAGCAGGGGAGCCCAUAAGCUGACACGCACGCUGGUACUCCGGCCUCCCCUCAUUUAUCGCCACGUAGCGCCGUGGAGGGUUGUACAGAUUGUGGACACAAAAAAAGAUAUAUAAAGCAUUCACUUAUUUGCCACAUUGUUUGUCAAACUACUUUGACAGUGAAAGUCAUAUUGCUGUAUCUGACAAGAGAAGCCAUCAUAUCACCUCUGAUUUGGUUGGGAGAAACAAGUGCCUUAUGUUUGAGACCAGAGAGGCACACGGUUUUUGGGAGAAGGCAGAUAAGAGGAUGAGAGCAACCUCCAAUUCACAUACCAUGGGUGGUAUGUACUGAAAAAUGGUAUUGUAUCCAUCUGCAUAUAUUUUUUUUUUUUUUUUUUAAAUCCGCCUGGUACAAAGUUUAUUGACAACCUGUUUAAUUCCCGUCAGAAAGCGUUGUUCUGUAAGUGUUAAUAAUUGUAGUUGUUUACUACACAGUUUGUUUUAGAUGCCACAGGCUUUCAUGUUGAAUUCACGAAAGCUGUUUCUCCCUGAAGUUGAGAUAAAGUGAUGAAAUUGAUGCGUGAGGAAUUGUGAGCUCGAAUGAGUGAUUGAAAUGAAAAGUGGUGAGAGCUUGGCUUUUCACGAUCUUCAGCCAACAUCAGAAUAACUUUCUGAGUGUGUUGUUCCUUUGAGCUGCUUAUUAUUUUUUACAACAACAAAAAAUGAUGUACUGGUACAUAACAAGCUAUCUUCCAAAAUAACGUUGAGAUGUUAACCACCUCAUCAUUCCCUUCAUUGAUCUUUGGGAACGUAAUGAGCAAUCAUGCUGUCUGUCUAAUGUAAUGCAAAUUCAGGAUUUCAUAUCAGAAAUUCUUUUUCUUUUGCCAUAGUUCUAUGAACAUCUUUGACAAGCUGUGAGUACAAAAAGAAGUCAACCUUGAGGAUUGCCAACAUUCAAUUCAUUAUUUUUAAAUGUGAAAAACCAAAGCUCUGUGGCUGUCUCACUAAAUUAAAGCUGUACAAUGUAACCAUCAUGUCAAUCAUGUAUUUAAAUGCUGUCACACCAUUUUGCACAUUUGGGAGAAAUGCGGAAAAAACUUGAGGGAGUUAUUGGGCUUAUUGCUGUUAGGCUUUUAUGCUCAUAUCCACUUUUUUUU